UGUGGAUCGGCGCGGACAUCAUCACCAACCGCAGUCGCCUCACUUCGCACACCAAGUGACCGCUCGCAACGCAGCGCAGGCCCGAUUACGUCUCAGAUGCCACCGAAAAACGCGACAGCGAAUGCUUCGCGCAGAAAAGGCCCGUCGUUCAAUCCACCACGGCCUGUCAACGCGGCUUCCCAGGCAUCUACAACCACGAAACGCGCCCCAGCAGCAGCUUCCCGCGCGAGGGGCCCAGCCAAGAAGAGCAAUGCGGCAGGCUCAAAGAACGGCUUCCAGCCAGCGGCCGAGAUAAUCGACCUAUCUGACGAUGAUCAAGACGAAGAGCUUGCCGAAGAUCUAAACCUCUCAGACUUUGACGACAUAAUGGAGGACGCACCCGCUGCUCCCAAACCACCACCAGCCAACCCCGCCCUUUCCGAACCCGUCGUACCACGACCUCUCCUCGCACGUCUGCUUCUCGAGAACUUUGAGGAUCCAAACAUACAAAUACAAACCGGUGCGAUGAAGCUGGUCGGAAAGUACAUUGACAUCUUCGUCACAGAAGCUUUUCUUAGAAGCCAAGACGAGAUGAAAGCGUCUGCAAAAGAUGGGGGUGCCAUUGACGGUUUUCUUCAAGUAGAGGAUCUUGAGAAGCUGGCGCCCCAACUUGUGUUGGACUUUUGAAGGCGGGAUGUACACGAAGACGUGACAAUUCAGCGCGGAUCAGCAAUGAAAGGAGAAGAGAUACCAGCUGCCAUGUGGAUGUAUGCAAGCCUGCUUGUACAUACUAUUGGGAUUACAAUUCGGCUGUACUCCAAUGAGCAGCCCUUUACACUGACUACGGCGGUGGCUCGACAGUUGUGCCGCACCAUACAUGCACCUCGUACAGCCUGUCUUCGGACGCCAGUGUUGUCAGGCUAUUUUCGGAACAUCAUAAGCCAAACAUAGCGAAGGCGGAUAUUCGGCGCAAUUUGCGACUAACAGCAGUUAAGAGGCAGAGAAGGCAAGAGACCGAAACAUGGACAUGUACAUCAAUCGUUUACAGGACGAACUACCAUACAGAAUCAGGCCAGAAAGAUC